AUGAGAAGAAGAAAAGCAGCCCUUUACAAGCAGCAGUCCACACCUUGCCUUGGCACAGAGAUGCCUCGACUCUUCCCAAGAAUGUCAAUGAGCGAAGUGGACGAAAAGGUGCGCCUUCUUGCUGAGAAGGUCUAUGCCUCAGCACUGAAGGAGGAAGACACCAAAGACGCAAUGGCCCUGUUCACUGUACCUGAGGACUGUCCAAUCGGCCUCCGGGAGGACCGGGAGCGUGCCCUACAGAAGGAGCUGGCUGAGCAGAAGUCCAAAGAGACCGUCAAGAAGAAGAAGAACUUCAUGAUGAAGCGUUCCCAGUCACUAUCCUUGCAGAUUCCCACCAGCGACUGGAGCCUGUGGACGCAUUCCCCUGUACUCUCCCCCACCACACCGGAACCGGUCUUUUCUGAGAGCUUCCCUGAUUUUCAGAGGGUGACCAUCAGUGGAGAUUACUGUGCUGGGAUCACUGUUGAGGAUUACGAGCUGGCAGCCAAAAGCCUCCUGAGAGCUCUUUUCAUCAGGGAAAAGUACUCCCGGCUCGCAUACCAUCGCUUUCCCAGGACCAUAGCCCAGUUCCUCCGAAACACUGAGGGGGAAAAGUGGCGAGAGGAGGACGAGGUCUUGCCUGACAUUUGGCCGUCCCCCCGUGAAGAUGAGGACCCAUACUCCAUGCAAGGCAUACCGGACAACCUGGACUACGAGCUGCAGAUGAAGGAUGGGAUUGUUCAUGUUUUUGACAAUGCUGAAGCCUUGAAACAGCAGCAGCCUCGCACGCUCCCGUACCCGGACUUGGAAACUUUCGCCAUAGACCUGAGCCAUGUCCUUGCCAUGAUUGCUGAUGGUCCCACAAAGACCUACUGUCAUAGACGGUUGAACUUCUUGUCCUCCAAAUUUUAUCUACAUGAAAUGCUUAAUGAAAUGGCUGAGCUUAAGGAGCUGAAAAGUGUUCCACAUAGAGACUUCUACAACGUAAGAAAGGUUGACACGCACAUACAUGCCGCCGCCUGCAUGAAUCAAAAGCACCUUCUGAAAUUCAUCAAGACCACAUACCAGACAGAAAAAAGUCGUGAGGUACUGGAGAAAGGCGGGCAGAGGUUUACCCUUGAGCAGGUCUUUAGCAGCCUUCACAUGGACCCAUACGACCUCACUGUGGACUCGCUGGAUGUACACGCAGGUAGACAAACGUUCCAUCGCUUCGACAAAUUCAACUCCAAGUACAACCCGGUGGGAGCCAGCGAACUACGGGAAAUUUACCUCAAGACCGACAACUACAUCGAGGGAGAGUACUUCGCACGACUUAUCAAGGAAGUGGCAAAGGACCUUGAGGAGAGCAAGUACCAGCACGCUGAGCCUCGUCUGUCCAUUUAUGGACGAUCCACCAACGAGUGGAAGGGUCUCGCCACCUGGUUUAUCCAGCACAAAGUCCACUCACCCAACUUGAGAUGGAUGAUCCAGGUCCCUCGGAUCUAUGAUAUUUUUAGGUCAAAGAAGUUGAUACCAAACUUUGCCAAAAUGCUGGAGAAUAUCUUCCUUCCCAUCUUUGAGGCAACAGUCAACCCACAAAAAAACCCAGCACUUCACGUUUUUCUAAAAUACGUAACAGGAUUCGACAGUGUGGAUGACGAGUCCAAACACAGCGACCAUUUAUUCUCCUACAAAAGUCCAAAGCCUGAGUCAUGGACGGCAGAUGAGAACCCGCCGUACACCUACUAUCUGUUCUACAUGUAUGCCAACAUUAUGGUUCUCAACAAUUUGCGCAAGGAGCGCGGGUUGAACACAUUCCAGUUCCGUCCUCACUGCGGCGAGGCCGGCUCCAUCACGCACCUGGUGUCUGCCUUCCUAACAGCAGACAACAUCUCUCAUGGCCUCAACCUGAAGAAGAGUCCAGUUUUGCAGUACCUCUACUACCUGGCCCAGGUCCCCAUCGCCAUGUCGCCACUGAGCAACAACAGCCUUUUCCUGCAGUACUCCAAAAACCCACUGCGGGAGUUUCUUCAGAAGGGCCUAUGUGUGUCGCUGUCCACCGAUGACCCCAUGCAGUUCCACUACACAAAGGAAGCAUUGAUGGAGGAGUAUGCCAUCGCGGCACAGCUUUGGAAACUCAGCACCUGCGACUUGUGCGAAAUCGCCAGAAAUAGCGUGCUGCAGAGUGGCCUGUCGCACCAGGAGAAAAAACACUUUCUGGGUUCCAACUACCUGCAGGAUGGCCCUGAGGGUAAUGACAUUGGACGCACGAAUGUGGCGCAAAUCCGCAUGGCGUACCGACAUGAGACACUAUGCAACGAGCUCAGCUUUUUAGUUGACGCAGUCAAAGCGGACGCAAUGGUUCCAGUGGUGGAGUGA